GAUCCCUAUGAAGACUUCGACUAUCACUAUAGGCGACAAAACUUCGGCGAACCGUUACACAAAGACUAUGAGAUCUAUACAUCCGAUCGACACAAUCCCAACGAAGUGUUGAGAUACACACCUCUUCAGAUGAUCGCUGCCUUUUUGGGCACAUUUCUGUUCUUCUAUGUCUGUUCCAUAACGGACUCCUAUUUCGAUUUGAGGAACUCCUGGCAAGUGGUAUGUCUUGUCAUGCAUUCAUUCAAUUGUCUUAACCCUAACGUGGAUUACCUGUCGUUCCCACAGAAACCCAAACAGUACCCACAGCCGGGUGUCGUUCACUACACUUUCGAGCCCUUAGAG